CGCUGAUUGGCUGCGCGGCCUGUCAAUCACGCGGCUGCGCUUCGGCUCAUGGUGGAGGAACCGCUGGAGAUCUGCGGUUUUCAUGGUUUAAUUCUCCUGCUGUAGGAAACAGAGGAAUGAAAGAUCGGAGCCCAUCAUGUAUGGAUUUGUAAAUCACGCACUGGAACUUCUGGUGUUGAGGAACUAUGGUCCGGAUGUGUGGGAGGACAUCAAGCGUGAGGCGCAGGUGGACGUGGAAGGACAAUUCCUGGUCAGAAUCAUCUAUGAGGACGCCAAAACUUAUGACCUGGUGGCUGCUGCAAGCAAAGUGCUGAAAAUGCACGCCGGGGACAUUCUCCAGAUGUUUGGGAAGAUGUUUUUCGAGUUCUGUCAGGAAUCCGGCUAUGAUACGAUCCUGCGUGUGCUCGGGUCCAACGUUCGGGAAUUCCUGCAGAACCUUGAUGCUCUUCAUGACCACCUCGGCACCAUCUACCCCGGUAUGCGCGCUCCCUCGUUCCGCUGCACCGACGCCGAGAAGGGAAACAGCCUCAUCCUGCAUUAUUACUCCGAGAGAGAGGGUCUGCAGGACAUCGUCAUCGGCAUCAUCAAGACCGUCGCCCAGCAGAUCCACGGCACCGAGAUUGACAUGAAGGUGAUUCAGCAGAAGAGUGAGGAGUGUGAUCACAUUAAGUUCCUGAUCGAGGAGAAGGACUCGGAGAAGGAGGAGUUUUAUGAAGAUCUGGAUGGUUUCGAGGAGAACGGAACUCAGGAGACACGCAUCAGUCCGUACACCUUCUGCAAGGCUUUCCCUUUCCACCUGAUGUUCGAUAAAGGCCUGGUCCUCACUCAGUGUGGAAACGCCAUCUACAGGGUGCUGCCGCAGCUCCAGCCAGGUGUGUGUAGUUUGCCCUCUGUGUUCUCUCUGGUGCGGCCGCACAUCGAUUUCAGUUUCCAUGGAAUCCUGUCACACAUCAACACAGUGUUUGUGCUCCGGAGUAAGGAGGGUCUGCUGAAUGUGGAAAGUGCUGAGUGUGAGGACGAGUUGACAGGAACAGAGAUUAGCUGCCUCAGGCUUAAAGGCCAGAUGAUUUCCCUCCCUGAGACGGAGAACAUCCUGUUCCUCUGCUCCCCCAGUGUAAUGAACCUGGAUGAUCUGACCAGGAGAGGACUAUACCUGAGCGACAUUCCUCUCCACGACGCCACGCGAGACCUGGUGCUUUUGGGAGAACAGUUCAGAGAGGAGUAUAAGCUCACUCAGGAGCUGGAGAUCCUCACCGAUCGCCUGCAGCACACACUCAGAGCGCUGGAGGACGAGAAGAAGAAGACAGACAGGUUGUUGUACUCGGUUCUCCCGCCUUCGGUAGCCAACGAACUGAGACACAAACGUCCCGUUCCAGCAAAACGCUACGACAACGUCACCAUCCUGUUCAGCGGCAUCGUGGGAUUCAACGCCUUCUGCAGCAAACACGCCUCAGCAGAGGGCGCCAUCAAAAUUGUCAACCUUCUCAACGACAUCUACACCAAGUUUGACAUUCUGACCGACUCGCGCAAGAAUCCCUACGUCUACAAGGUGGAGACGGUUGGUGAUAAGUACAUGACGGUGAGUGGACUUCCAGAACCCUGCACUCAUCACGCCAAGUCCAUCUGCCACCUGGCACUGGACAUGAUGGAGAUUGCAGGACAGGUGAAGGUGGAUCAGGAACCUGUGCAGAUCACCAUCGGCAUCCACACCGGAGAGGUGGUGACAGGGGUCAUAGGUCAGAGGAUGCCUCGCUACUGCCUGUUCGGUAACACGGUGAACCUGACGAGCCGCACGGAGACCACGGGGGAAAAAGGGAAGAUAAACGUGUCCGAGUACACUUACAGGUGUUUGCAGUCGGGGGAAAAUGCUGACGCUCAGUUCCACCUGGAGUUCAGAGGACCCGUGACCAUGAAGGGCAAAAAGGAGCCGAUGAAGGUGUGGUUCCUGUCACGGAAAACGCUGUAGACCACGUGGAUCAACAUGAAGGCAAUCAUUUCUGUUCUUUCGGAUAAAAAAAAAAAAGAUGGCUGAGUAAAUGACCGAUGCUAAAAUAAGAAGAUUCGGUGUUGUAGCUAAUCAGGAACAUUAUUGUACCACAGUUUCCCUCACAAAACUUCAGCCAAUUACUAGGUCCAACGUUCUGCCUAUUUCCUUCAUAUCUGUGCAACUACCUGAUCUCCAUAUAAAAGGUUUAAUAUAAUAUAUAAAAAAGCCAUAGUUCAUCACUGAUUAUUUCCCAUUUCUCCUCCUGUGUGUAAUUCACGAAAAAAGUGUAGAGCAGGAAGACGUUCCUCUGUUCAUCUUCCAACUAAUACUCUCUGAAAUACAUAAUAAAUUUGUUUAACACUUUAUAAAUGGUGUAUAUAUAAUAUAUAGACAGCCUUCAUCUAUUAUUUUACAAAGUCUAUCCAGAGUGUAGUCAUCUACACACGUGUUCUUCACUGCGGAGUCUGACUGUACCGAGUGCUCGGUUUAUGCUGAAAUGUUUAGUCUGUAUAAUAUAUUGAAUAUUGAGACUUUUCAAUACAUUUCUGUAUAAAAAAUUAAAUAAAUAAAGAUAAUCAUGAUAAGAAAAUA